UACAAAAGAAGUCAUAGACAGGCUUAGGUAUCUGGAAGCUGAAAUUGAAGAUCUAGAGCUAAAAGAAAAAGAAUUGGAUCAGCAGAAACUAUGGCUUCAGCAAAGUAUCAAGAACGUCAUGGAUGAUUCAACGAACCACCAGUUUUCAUAUGUCACCCAUGAAGAUAUCUGCAACUGCUUCAAUGGAGACACACUUCUAGCAAUUCAAGCACCUUGUGGUACACAGUUAGAAGUACCUAUACCCGAAAUGGGACAGAAUGGACAGAAGAAAUACCAGAUCAAUCUCAAAAGUAGUUCAGGACCUAUCCAUGUGCUGCUUAUAAAUAAAGACUCAAGCUCCGCCAAGCCCAUGGUGUUUCCAGUUCCUCCACCUGAUGACCUUGCACAGCCCCCAUCUCAACCUGCAGCUCCAGCCACCCCCCUUAAACCUGCUACAGCUCCUCAAAAUCCACCAGAACAACAUGAUCUGAACCAAGGACAGGAGUUACCGCAAACAGCAGUUGCGGACACACCAUCAGACGACAGUGUGCAGCAGAGCAGUACAACCCCAGCAGCUCCUUACUCCAGCCUUCCAGAGUCGGUGUUGUACCCCAGCCUUUCAGGAGAUGUCGCCCAAGCUACAACUAGCUCAAGUGACUACCAGGGCUUGCUGCCCCUGGAUGUUAACUGUAUCCUCAAGCCAAACUCAUUUGACAUAGCAAAGAUGGAGGAGCCCACAGGAAAUAUCAGUGGGGAUAUUAUUGAUGAACUCAUGUCUUCUGACGGUAAGUAUUUUAACAUCUUUACUUUUUUAAUAAUUGCAAGUGGCAGCAUGGUUUUUGUGUGAAGAGCACUCGAUAGGUGUCUGUUAAAUCUGAUGCCAAGAGUCAGUAUGAAACUACUUCUUCCCCCUGUACUGCCUCCUCUAUCUUUGUCAUUCUUGUCUUUGCUCCCCUUUCCAUUCCCUGCAAGUUUUAUUUAACAAUCAACAUAUGAGAGCCUUAAUCCAGAAAGCACUUACAUGCAUGAGUAACCCACCAGUCCUUAAUUCAGGAACAGAGAAAGAACAGGCUGAUGACUAGAGUGCUGCCUUAAAAAAAAGUUCUGGUUUAAUUCUGUUCUGCCUCAGGCUUCCUGCAGGAGCUUUGAGUAAACAUUUCAGAGCAUACAUGCCUGCAUGCAGACCUAUACAGGGGCAGCUGUGGCACACUGAUAGAACAAAGGUCACCCCUUUCUGCUCUUGCACCUUCGUAGCCAUGUGAGUACAGAACUAAACUACAGCUAGUAGGUUUAUAUGCUCCCUGCCUUGCUGCUUUAGCUUGCUGAGGUGCCAGGUAAAGAGAUGAACUCAGCUGGCAUUAUUCCUCUCUCCCUGUAAAUAUGCUGCUGUGAGCAGCCUGUGCUAUUAUCUGCCCUUUAAGCAGACAACCUCAGAGCUUAUCAGAAAGAACCAAGUAAUUAUAAGAUUCGAGGGGCAAGAUAGCAUUAUGUGAAAGUGCCAAUACAUAGCUACAAUGGAAACAGUAUCCAUUUUUAGAGCAUGUACAGCAUGCACAGCUCAUCUGCACUAGGUUAGUGUUCCUGAGGUGCAGCAUGAGGGCUGGGGCUUCUUUUCUUGCGUGCCCUCCCCAAAGAUGACAUGAAAUCCAUGCUUGAAAUGCAGUGCACAGAGAAACUGCUAGCCUUCACUUUUCAUUUGUAAAAUGGGGAUAAUGUUAAAUUCCUUACUUCAGCUUUCAAAUAUUUAUAACCUUAUACAUGCAAUACAGCAACAAGACAAAGGAAUUACAAAUAUGAAUGAUUGCUUUCUGAUGAAAGUUUCAAAAGCUGCUCAGGCACUCCUUUGCUGCAGAAGAAUUUAAGUUCAUAUUCCACAGCUAUCACUCCGUUCCAGCAAACACACUUAAAAUACUAAGCAAAAAAUGUAGACGUGUCACUGCCUUAGUUUGAAGUCAAUACAGGUAUUCACAGUAUAUAUCCUAGCAUGCUUGUCAGAUUAUCAAGACUAUUUUAAUUAAGACUAACCAUGAUACUGCUGAUGACAAACACUGAAUUAUGAGAUAGGGCUGAUAUUCCAGAAGUGUUUUAAUUUAAACUAAACUAUUCCUGCUUUACAGUUUUUCCUCUCUUACGACUCUCUCCUACUCCCGGAGAUGACUACAACUUUAACCUGGAUGAUAAUGAAGGAGUCUGUGAUCUCUUUGAUGUGCAGAUACUAAAUUAUUAGAUAUUGUGUCAACCAGACUACUUAUCUACCUCUAACUAUAACAUUCUAGACUUCUUCAUAACCUAAGUAUUUGAAUAAUGAAUGUAUAACUUCUUAGUUCACUGACUCUGGGAGUAUAUUUCCUUUUGCUUCCUUUAACUACUUCACAAAACAAAUUCCACAACCAGAAAAAAGGGCUUUUAUCAAAAAUUCUGGCACCUUUUUUUCACCUGAGUAUCCUCUGUGUAAUGCAAGUAUUUGGAGUUUUCUUCAGUAAGAAAAGUAAAGAUGCUCUACAGCCUUUUGAUCAUUAAAAAAAAAAUGAUUAGGCUUCUUGCUUACAGUUAACAGCAUUUUCUUUGAAGCUUUACUGCCAAGAAGCUUUUUUUUUAACCUUUCAAUCCAUUUUGAAGCUUUCACUGCCACGCUGAAAAGUGAAGGAUGUCAACUUGAGUUAUGCUAAACUGUUUCAGUGAACCAAUUUUGUGAAGUGCCUUCUGUUUUAGCACUUUAAGUUUCUCACACUGACUUCUGACAUUCCACUUUCCUAGAUGAUAGGAAAGGUCUGUUUGUAGUUUGUAUUAAAGUGUGCCAAUACUUGUAUAUUAACAAGAUUUUUUUAAUAAAAUUGUACAAACAAA